GUCUCAUAAAGCAGCUGAGUCCUCAGACAGGCAGAGCCCCAGGGAGGCGGUGCUCGCGACCCUUCCCAGUCCCGGGGCUUCCCCUUCGUCGUCGCCAUGGCGGGAAGCACCCUCCAGGUGUCCUGGCUUCUCCCGCUCGUCCUGUCCGCCUUCGUCCAGCCCAUGCACGGCCAGGAGAAGAUGAAGACGGACUGCUACCCAGGGAUUUCGGGUACCAUCUUUGAUUAUGGGGCCCUCACCAUUGAUGGUGAUGAAUACAUCCCUUUCAAGCAAUAUGCAGGCAAAUAUGUUCUCUUCGUCAAUGUUGCCACCUACUGAGGCCUGACGCUCCAGUAUCUGGAACUGAAUGCACUACAGGAAGAAUUGAAGCCCUUUGGCCUUGUUGUCCUGGGCUUCCCCUGCAACCAAUUUGGAAAACAAGAACCAGGACAGAACUCAGAAAUCCUCCCCGCCCUCAAGUAUGUACGCCCAGGUGGGGGCUUUGUGCCCAACUUCCAGCUAUUUGAGAAAGGGGAUGUGAAUGGAGAGAAAGAACAGAAGUUUUACACAUUCCUGAAGAAUUCCUGCCCUCCCCCCUCCGAACUCAUGGGCACGCCCAGCCGCCUCUUCUGGGAACCCAUGAAGGUCCAUGACAUCCGCUGGAAUUUUGAGAAGUUCCUGGUGGGGCCAGAUGGUAUCCCCAUCAUGCGCUGGUACCACCGGGCCACAGUCAGCACGGUCAAGCUGGACAUCCUGGACUAUCUGCGGAAGCAUGGCAACUAAGAUAGGACUGCUGAAGAAUCCUCCGGGAGGAGACAAGGGAUGCUGUUCAGAGAAGGGACUGCCCCAGCCCACAGCCCUCACCAGACUAUACUGUCUGCCUGAGAAGCUGCUCCACAAGGUGUUGCUAUUCAGAGAAGGUGUGUGGGUGCACGAGCAGACAUCAGAAUGCCUACACACACAGAUGUGUUUUCAGGAGUUGUAUGCCUAGGUAUUCAUGAGAUCAGGGACAGGUGCAGACACACACCUCCAUACCCUAGGGUCCUUGCUCUACUGAAUAUUCAACUCAUUCUUCCAAUAUUAAUAUUUUCCCAUCCCAACCCAAGGAGAAAAUCAGCCUUUAAGUCAAAUUACUGAACCUCUCAGAUUUGUUCCUCAAGAGAAUCUUGGUCCUGGAGUUUCCCAUACUUCCCCCAAUGAACCCCUGUGCCUUAGCUCAUCUGAAGUAAGAGGCCCUAGAAGCCCAGUGACCCACUGAAAAUAAAUCAGGCUCCUCCCUCCCUCCACCCAGUACAAAUGAGUGCCUUCUCUCCCUUCUCUGAACAGUCCUUUUCUACCCCCUUAGCCCCACCCCAUAGAGUUACCCACUGGUGAGCUGCCUAAAGGGCUCCCUGCCAGGGCAUAAGACUGGUGUGAAAAGAGAGAGAGUAUCCUAAGCAGGAGGGAUGGCAUCUCCAUGAUGGUGGCAUCCAAAGCCUCUCCAGGGGCGGAUCCCAUCAGAGCCUGCAAAAGGGGUCAUGACCCUUAGUGCAUUCAGGUCAUGGCACCUAAGCAGGGAUGCUGUCCUCUACAAGGGACACUUACCGUCUCCUAUCACUCUAGCUCCCCACAUUAGAGUCAUACCCACUAGUGGCAAAUAAAAGCCUUUCUGCAGCA